UUGCAGCGUUUGUGAAUGCGUAAACACGGCAAAAAGUAAACAAACAUGGACGGCUCGAGGCGCCCUUACCCACCCUCCCGUUAGUCCCUCCUGGCUGAGUAAGAGGAGGAGAGGAAGGGAAAGAGGAGUCAAGAGGAAGAGGAGAGUGUGAAUAAGAAGAAGAGGAAGAGGAGAGGAGGAAGAAGGAUAUUGAAGAGGAAGAGGACAGAAGGAAAAAGUGGAAGGAGGAGGAAGAAGAGGUAAGAGGAAGAGGGAGAGAAGAAGAUAGGAAGAGGAGAGAGAGAAAAAAAGGAGAUUUGGUGAUGAUAUAACCAGAAGAAGAAGAAGAAGAAGAAGAAGAAGAAGAAGAAGAAAUGGAGGAAGAAAAGAAUGGAGAUAAUUUAAGUGAACGGAAAAUGGAUGAUAAAGGAGAAAGAAAAGAAGAAGAAGAAGAAGAAGGAGGAGGAGGAGUGGAAGAAGAAGAAGAAGAAGAGGAGGAAGAAGAAGAAUAUAAAAAUGAAGUAAUAAUGGUAGGAGAGAGAGAGGAGGAGGAAGAGGAAGAAGAAGAAGAAGAAGAAGAUAUGGAAGAAGGUGAAAUCAGACCAGUAGAAAAGAAGAACAAAGAAGAGGAGGAAGAAGAAGAAGAAGAAGAAGAGGAGGAAGAGGAAGAUGAAGAAGAGGAAGAGGAAGAAGAAGAAGGAGAGAUUAAAAGAGAAAUAAAGAAAGAGAAAGAGGAAGAAGAAGAAGAAGAAGAGGAGGAGGAAGAAGAGGAAGAGAGGAUGGAAAUUGAGUGCAAGCCGGACAUUGCACACAUCAAACAGGAACUAGAAGAGGAGGAGGAGGAGGAGGAAGAGGAAGACGAAGAAGAGGAGGAGGAGGAGGAGGAGGAGGAGAAGAUGGAGGUAAAAGUUGACCCUGAUCUCUUACUAACCAACAUCAAAGAAGAGGAGGAAGAGGAGGAGGAAGAAGAAGAAGAAGAAGAAGAAGAAGAAGAGGAGGAGGAAGAAUAUCAAAAUCGAAACAGAAAACGAAAAAAACAGAACCAUUCAACUACUACCACUACUACUACUACUACUACUACUACUACUACUACUACUUCUAAAAAUGCCGUCAACAAAUUCGAAUGUCCAACUUGCGACAAAAUCCUGACUAGUCGAAGCCAUUACAUCCAACACACACUCGAUCACCAGGGGGUUAAAGUCCUUUCCUGCGGCCAGUGCGAGGAGCUGUUUACGAGCGCCGACGACUUAGCGGACCACAUCGAGAGCUCCCACAGCGCUCCGAGCCCCCCAAAACCACGAAAAUCGAAUCCAAAGUCCCGGAAACAUGAGUGCAAGGAGUGUAACAAAUCGUACAACUCACGUCCAAGCCUCCUACGGCAUAUUAAGUCCCACGGAGGCUUGUCCUACGAGUGCGACACAUGCGGGAAGGUCUACGCCUGUCGCUCGUACCUCCGUCGUCACAAGGAGAUGGAACACUUAGGGAUUAAACGGCAUGAAUGUAAACUGUGCGACAAGACAUUUCACAGUCCGAGUGGGUUAGAGGAACACACACGGUUACACACGGAUGGCUUGGACUCGAAGCAUGUAUGUACGUUCUGCGGGAAGGUGUACGCAUUCAAGACCUCGCUCAAGACGCACAUGUCCACGCACACGGGGAAGACAGCGUACACGUGUGAGGUCUGUGGCCGUGUGGUCAGGGACGCGGCUGUGUAUCGUAAGCAUUUGAAAACGCACGAAAAGCAUAAGUCGUUCAAGUGUGGUGUUUGUGGGAAGAUGUUCUCCUCGAAAAGCUACCUCAAAAAACACUCAAGAUUCCACUCCGAAGAAACCGUAUGGGAGUGUAGCGACUGUGGGGCGGUUUUCGCGAGUUACGCCGAGAUGCGACAUCACAAGCUCUCCCACACGACUGACAAGAAGGUACACCAGUGCGGAAAGUGCGGGAAAUCCUUCACGACGAAAGCCUAUCUCCGGCGACACGACGAGACCCACGCCGAAGGGAAGAACCAUAUCUGCGAGUUUUGCGGGAAAUCCUUCAAGGCGAGCUUCACCUUACGACAGCACAUCAUGACGCUGCACAACAAGGAGGAGAAGAACUACGAGUGUGACUUCUGCAAGCGGCGUUUUGCGACCGAGAUGGGCCUGGCGAACCACAUUGUCACCCACACGGAGGCUAAUCGGAACGGGUCGCAGACGGGGGGUGUCGGAAUAAACUCGACGUAUGCGUGUGAACUCUGCGGCAAGGAGUUCAUGUAUAAAACCUCGAAAGUGGAGCAUGUACGCACGAUUCACGACGGUAUACGAAAGUACGAGUGCGUCGAGUGCGGGAAACGCUUCAAACGGAAAUACCCCAUGCAGGAACACAUGAACAUACACAAGAACAUCAAGAAAUACGAGUGCGACAUCUGCGGCAAGAGGUUCACAUUCAAAGCAACCCUAAACCAACACCAUAACAUUCACACAAAAUCGCGGCGGUACAAAUGUGACAAUUGCGGACGAGAGUUCAACGAGAAAUACCAACUCGCGAGGCACAUCGUCACGCACUCAAAACCGAAGACUCACGAAUGCCAGGAGUGCCGUGCGGAGUUCCCCCUCAAACAGAUGCUCACCAAACACAUUCAGAGCACACAUAUGGAUCUUAACGCCUUCCCCUGCCCCCAGUGUGGUAAGAAGUUCCGUACGAGUGUGUUAGUCGAGCGGCAUUUGGAAACGCACCGCCCGCACCCCUGUGGCGAGUGCGGGCGAGUUUAUGUGACAAAGAAAAGCUUAAUGAGACAUGCGAAGAAGAAGCACUUGAGGGAGGAAGGCUUGGAGGUGGUGGAGGUGGUUUCGGUGUGAGUGUGUGUGUGUGUUUGUGUGUGUGUGUGAGUUAGUUAAGCAGGAUCUCCUAUUUCUGAAACCAUGCUAGUGAAAAAUCUUAUGUGUGUGUGUGUGUGUGUGUGUGUGAGUUAGUUAAGCAGGAUCUCCUAUUUCUGAAACCAUGCUAGUGAAAAAUCUUAUGUGUGUGUGUGUGUGUGUGUGUUUGUGUGUGUGUGUGUGUGAGUUAGUAUAGCAGGAUCUCCUAAUUCUGAAACCAUGCUAGUGAAAAAUCUUAUGUGUGUGUGUGUGUGUUUGUGUGUGUGUGAGUUUGUAUAGCAGGAUCUCCUAUUUCUGAAACCAUGCUAGUGAAAAAUCUUAUGUGUGUGUGUGUGUUUGUGUGUGUGUGUGUGAGUUAGUAUAGCAGGAUCUCCUAUUUCUGAAACCAUGCUAGUGAAAAAUCUUAUGUGUGUGUGUGUGUUUGUGUGUGUGUGUGUGUUUGUGUGUGUGUGUGAGUUUGUACAGCAGGAUCUCCUAUUUCUGAAACCAUGCUAGUGAAAAAUCUUAUGUGUGUGUGUGUGUGUGUGUGUGUUUGUGUGUGUGUGAGUUAGUUAAG